UAUUUACUUUGUGAACAAGUCGAUCGGGUUGAGCUGUAGGAGUUUUGCCAAGUUUUUGUAUAGUAGUGAGUUAAUUUAUUUGAAAAAUGGUAAUCUAUGGGGUCUACAUAGUAAGUAAAUCGGGGGGCUUAAUUUUCAACUUGGAUCACAACGUUCCAAAGAUAGAAACGGAGCGAACGUUCAGUUACCCCCUAGAAAUCAGUUUGGAGUACGAGCCGAAAAAAGUAUCGGUUGCUUUCGGACAGAAGGAUGGAAUUAACGUUGGGCACGUACUGAUCAGCGUAAAUGGUAUAUUGGCCAACGGAUUGGUUCUGGAAGACGGACGGGACAUCAGAGAGCUGAUCGAAAAUAAGGACAAUUACCCACUGACACUAAAGUUUAGUCGACCGAAAAUGACAACCAACGAGAAGAUAUUCCUUGCCAGUAUGUUCUAUCCGUUGUUCGCCAUCGCCAGCCAGCUCAGUCCGGAACCGAAAAGCAGUGGCAUUGAAGUGCUGGAAGCGGACACGUUUCGGCUGCAUUGCUUUCAAACGUUGACGGGCGUCAAAUUUAUGGUGGUGGCAGAAAGCCUACAAGGAGGAAUGGAUGUUUUGCUGCGGAGGGUAUACGAGUUGUACGCGGAUUAUGUGCUGAAAAAUCCUUUCUAUUCACUGGAAAUGCCCAUUCGUUGCGAGUUAUUUGACAUAAAUCUACAGGCACUGCUGGAGCAGGUGGAGAAAAAUGGCAUUGCAAGCAUUUAGGAUAUUUGAUAGAUUAAAAAUGAUACAUAUUAAAUUUUUACAAUGUAAGGUCGAAAAA